AUGGAAAGUAAUAUGGAUAUAUUUGAAAGGAUUACGCUAGUUUUACACAUCAGUUAUGAUUAUUUGAGUGAUAAUAUCUUGGAACAGCUUGAAUCAUGGGAUGGUCCGGUGACGUUUGUGGUAACAAUACCAUCUGCAGAGGUUUACAAGAAGAUACGAAAAAUUAGAGAAACGCUAUCACGCUUUCCCUCUCAAGUGUUACACAGAUUAAGUGCUCACAUGUUAUUCCAGUCUAAGUAUGGAUGCAAAAAGAAUGUAAUUGAUAAGUUAAAUGAAACUAAUAGGGACUGGAGAUAUCCCGUUAAUGUGGCACGGAAUGUAGCAAGGAUGUUCGUAAGAUCUAAAUAUGUGUUAAUCAGCGAUUCAGAAUUUGUUUUUUCCGAAGGAUUUGAAACCAAAAUGUGUGCAUUAGCACGAAAUCAACUGACGCGCAAUCCAAAAACAGCACUUGUUGUACGAAUAUUUGAAGUGAGCGACACCAUUAAAGAGAUGCCACGUAACAAAGCAGAAUUGCGAGAGUUAUUUUUCAAAGGACUAGCAGUAGAAUUUCAUGCUCGAUAUAAGAUGACAGAGCAUACCAUUCCACAUCUGGAUCAAUGGUUUAACAAACGAGAGAACAAACAGGAUGUCAAUAUAAACUCCGUUCUAAAAUUUUCAAGACGUGGUUGGGAGCCACAAUUUGUUUCCUUAAAUACGAUACCACUUCAUGAUGAAAAUUUCCCAUUUUCAUUACGUGAUAAUACAGUUCUUCGGUGGGAAAUGUGCCGUCAAAAUUAUACGUUUGCAUUGGUGAAUGAUUUAUUUAUGGCACAUCGUGGCAUCAAAACCGUAUACCAUCUACCACUUACUAGGAAACGUCAAAAACAUUCUCGAGCGCAAUUUAACAUUGCAAUAAAACUUUUCAAACAACGUAUGGAUCACCAGUAUCCAGAAACUAAGAAGUUCUGUCCAGAAUUUGGUGCUUAA